ACCAGACUCCCUCCCCUUAACCCUUCCUUGCCUGGCUGGGAGAGGAGAGCGUCCCCUUUGGCCUCUCCUUCCUCUUCCUCCUCCUGGUUUGUUUCCUCCUCCUCCUCCUCCUCCUUCCUCUUCUCCUCCUUCAGGUGAGUCUUCUUCCCAUUCACUAGACCACGCCAUUCGAGUCCACACUCCCUGCUCUGCUCCCCUUCCUUUGAUUCUUUAGACAUCCACUGAAGGGUUUCCAUUCUUCUUCAAGUUUAGGAAAUGUGAGGGUUGCCUGAGCAUUUUGGAGUCGAGCCUGUUGAGGGAUUUCUUUCCCUUGAGAAAAGAGGGAGGAAAGGCAUCUGGGAUACGAUUGGGUUCUUCAUCAGAGUGGCUCCAACAUGGAGAGACGCAACUCACCUGGACCUGAAGCAGGCAAGGCCUCCGGGAGCAGUGGGGAAUCCUGGGAAAGAACUACACAGACGUUCCUGGAUGAGCACACACAGCGCCAGCGCUUCAGGCAUUCCUCCUUCCGAGAGGGCGAGGGACCCAGAGAGGUUUGCAGCCGCCUCCACUCUCUCUGCCGCCAGUGGCUGAAGCCAGAGCAACACACCAAGGCGGAGAUGCUGGACCUGGUGAUCCUGGAGCAGUUCCUGAGCAUCCUGCCCCCAGAGAUGGGGAGCUGGGUCCGAGAGUGUGGGGCAGAGACCUCUUCCCAGGCGGUGGCCCUGGCGGAAGGCUUCCUCCUGAGUCGGGCAGAGGACGAGAAGCAGGAAGGACAGGCCCAAAAUAACUGCAUGGAAGUCCAGCCUGAUGUCCCUUCAUCAGAAAAGCCUCACUCGGACACCAAGCAGAGCCUCCGGCAGAAGGAGCUGAAGCAGGAAGGAGAGGAAGGAGAGGAAGGAGAGGGGGCUGCAGCCUGGCAGGGGGCUGGAAUGAGGUUGUUGCCGAAUCCUCAGUCAUUUUGUGAUGAAGUGGAAGUGAAUCAGGGCCCAAUUGCCUUUGAGGAGGUGGCUGUCCCUUUCCCCCCGGAGGAGUGGGUUCUCCUGGAUCCUGAACAGAAAGCCUUGCACAUGCAGAUCAUGGAGGAGAUUCAUGGGAUGGUGGACUCUCUUGCAGAUAACUGGAAGAAGAGCAAUGUGUGCACCAAACACAGGACGCAUUUGGGACACAGGAGGGACCUUCCUGGACACCAGCAAACUCACAGUGAAAAUGGAGAUUCUGCCAGAGAAAGGCCCUACAAAUGCAAUGUAUGUGAACAAUGUUUUACGCAAAAGAUGGGACUUAUACUUCACAAGAGACUCAGUGCUGGGAAAAGCCAUUGUAAAUGGAGAAUAUCUGCAAAAUGUAUUGCUGAUUACAAAUCGCCACAUCAGAGCCAAGAAGAAAUUUUUCAAGGAACUGACGAUAUCAUAACCCAGGAGUGUGGAACUCUGCAUAAAAGUUCACACUUGAAACAUGAGCGAUUUCACACAGGACAGGAACCAUAUAGAUGCCAGGAGUGUGGAAAGUGUUUUGCUUCCAGUUCACAACUGAUGAGGCACAAAAAGCUUCACACAGGAAAGAAAGGGUACAAGUGCCAGAAGUGUGGGAAAUGUUUUACUCAGAAUACACAACUUAUAGACCACUGGAGAUGCCACACAGUAGAGAUGCCAUACCAAUGCCAGGAGUGUGGGAAAUGUUUUGGUGAUCAUUCAGCCUUGGUGAGCCACAAAAGACUGCACACAGGAAAGAAACCAUAUCAAUGCCAGGAGUGUAGGAAAUGUUUUGCUAAAAGAUCAACCUUGGUGAGGCACAAAAGAGUCCACACAGGAGAGAAACCAUACCAAUGCCAGGAGUGUGGGAAAUAUUUUGCCGAUAGUUCAUCCUUGGUGAGGCACAAAAUACUCCACACAGGAGAGAAGCCACACCAAUGCCAAGUGUGUGGGAAAUGUUUUGGUUACCAUUCAGACUUGUUGAGCCACAAAAGACUCCACACAGGACAGAAGCCAUACCAAUGCCAGGAGUGUGGGAAAUGUUUUGGUUACAGUUCACACUUGGUGAGCCACAAAAGACUCCACACAGGAGAGAAACCAUACCAAUGUCAGGAGUGUGGGAAAUGUUUUGCUGACCGUUCAUCCUUGGUGAGCCACAAAAGAGUCCACACAGGAGAGAAACCAUACCAAUGCCAGGUGUGUGGGAAAUGUUUUGCUCAGAGUUCAGCCUUGGUGAGCCACAAAAGACUCCACACAGGAGAGAAGCCAUACCAAUGCCAGGAGUGUGGGAAAAGUUUUGGUUACAGUUCACACUUGAUGAGCCACAAAAGACUCCACACAGGAGAGAAGCCUUAGAAAUGCCAGGAGUGUAAGAAUUGUUUUGCUUUCCCCACACCCACAAAACACUACACAAAGGAUAGAAAGGCUAAAAGAUCCAGAAGUAUGGGAAAUGUUUUAUUUAGACAUCUUCCCAUAACAAGCACUAGAGAAGAUACACAGGCUAAAAAACAUACAAAUGCUAAGACAUGUGGGUAAUGUUUUAGUUGAGGUUCUUAACUUUUGAACUGUCACGGACUACAUUCAGGAGAGACAUCAUCCAAAGAGCUGGGACAAUUUUUUUAAAAAACGUUGGGGAGCAAUGAGCAAUGGUUUGACAGGGAGAGAAUAUAUCUAACUAACCAUCCUAGAGAGACAGAUUUUUUGUCUUCCAUCACUACAUCUCUGCCGUCAUCUUUACUCGAAGCCCCCGUUGGUGUCGUGGGUCCAACCCUUGUGCCUUCCACAAAAUAGCCCACUUUUACUGAAAAUAGAAAAUAACUGAAGUCAGCGAAUAAUUUUAGAAACCCGUUAUUAUUAUUAUUAUUUAUUAUUAUUAACUUUAUUUAUACCCCGCAAAAUCUCCCGAAGGACUCGAUGCGGCUUACAAAGGCCAAGGCCGCCAACAAACAACAGUAUACAAAUACAACAUUAAAACUCAUAAGCAAAUAGUAAAACAUCAAACAAAACAAUAAACAGUAAAAACAAAUGUAAUGGACACAUUUAAAAGUGCUGGUCUUGACAGGUGACAUAUGGAGGUUUUCUUGCAGGUAGGUGCAAUGUGCAGACAAUCCUGAGUCUCUAACAAAGUGCAUUGGGACAUGAUGCCAGGGAGUUUCCUAGUCUGGAAAGGCACAUUGGAACAGCCAGGUCAUCAGCCUCUUCCUAAAGAUUGUCAACGUUGGGGCUACUCUGAUGUCCUUGGGGAAAGAGUUCCAGAGUCGGGGGGCCACCACAGAGAAGGCCCUGUCCCUCGUCAAAUUCACAGUAAUCACAAACAAUAUUAUAUGGAUUCUGUAAAAUCACUCUGAAAUGGGAUCAACGCCGUGUCUUCUUCUGCCGAGUGGAACAGGACUGGUUUGGGCCUCACUCCAGGCCUUCCUCUGGCGGUCAAGUUCUAAAUGUGCCACUUGUUCGCCUUGUUAGCGAGACAGGUUUUUAUACUUAGUGGGAUGAGAGAUUUAUUAUUUACUAGCCAUCCCCCGCCACACGUUGCUGUGGCCCAGUCUGUGUAUAUGUGUUUUGUGUGUGCAUAUAUUUGUGUAUGUGUGUGUUUACAUAUAUAUAUAUAUAUGGUUUUGCACAUGUGCUGUAAUGUUU